UUUUUUUGCUGUCCAUUGAUUUCCUCAUUUCGCGCAUUCGUUCUUGGUUUUUUGAUUUUCGUUUUCACCUCCCCCCUCUAUUUCCUUUCUGAACUCGAGGAGAAGAAGGAUUUUAUUAUUCCUUCUAAUCCGCCGGACAACAUCCGUCGUUUGCUAUUCCUCCUACCAGGUGCGUCCUCUUGGGGUGCUGGUGCUGGCUGGUAACUGUGCUGCUGUUUCUGCAAGUAGUCGUCCGUUCCCUCUACCCGUUACGGAUCCUGCAUCAACCGGGUGCUCAUUUCAGCUUGUACCGCCGCCCUUCGCCCCAAGAUUAUAAGAAGAACGUGUAAAGUCACUCUCUACGCCGCCCUUCUAGAGAUUGGUUUCUUGGGAUAAGAAGGGUCGAAAGGGUCGUCAGACGGGGCACAGGUCAAAGUGAGGAGAGGAAGAGUCGAGGACAUUUCAUUCAUUAUUGGUACCGUGUCACUGCUGUUGCUCGUGAUACUUAACACAGCGUAACUGGACCGACUCUUCUACACCUGUUUGCGGCUCUUUGGUUUAUUAGGUCGUCGUAAGGUCGAAAGACGAGCCAGUUUCCCCAGCUUCCACUCGUUUCGGUAGUUUUUCUUCUUCCCCUCUUCUUCACGAUGCCAGCAGCAACAACAGCGGGAACAGGUGGAGGAGUCCAGCGCUCCUUCUCCUUUCGGCGGCCCUUCAGCCAGGCUCCACGGCUAUCUAUCCCUAAGGCAAAAGAUUCACCACCGGCGUCUGCUCCCUCCGCUGCAGCCAAUUCGAACUCAAAAACGAAAGCCACGCAGCAGCUGGGUUCGCUGCCCCUCCUUUCUUUGGCCCCCGCCUCGCAGUCUGGGAACUCCCCCCCGGCCCUGGAUGAUGAUGACUUCUUCUCGAAUCCCUUGAAGUCAAAUGCCUUCAUUUCCCAGAAAACGAUUGCGAGCAUUACCCGGGAUUCAGGUGUUCAGACUGGUGACGCUUCAAAAACACUUGUGAAGCCCUCCCUCGCUCCUUCUGCCAAGUUUGAAUGUGGCAACCCGGUUAGCGGUCCGGACCCAAAAGGGCAGCCUCAAAUAACGAUUUCGACUUUUCUCAAACCCUCAGAUCCUAUCGAGGAUACUUCUUACCAACCUCCGGUUUCAUCCGCGGGCAAUCCUUCAUUUCUGGAUUUAAAAACUCGCCCGGCUUCUGAAACACUCAUCAGCUUGACUCGCCAUUCAUGGAAUUCACCAAGCGUUUCUAGGUCACCAUCAUCCAGCAGUCGUGAUGACAGAAGUAGUCGGGAUGAGAAUGACUCGAGAUCAACAAGCUCGGUAUCGUCGUCGACUAGCCCCACGAAAGCUAAUGGAGGCGAGGAUUCAGUGGAGUCUAGAAACGAGUCGCAACCGGCUCGCCCGGGAAUUGACCGAUCACAAAGUUUUUUGGGUAAGGCAAGAAGGCCAUUGACCAUGUUUAUGAAAUCGUCAGCAUCUGAGCCUUCAAUACCACCUGCUACGUUAAAGAAAGCUUAUGUAGGUUCUACUGAUAACGUCGGUUCCUUGGGUGAACGCCCAGCAUUGAGAAAGGUCAAGGACGAGCUCUGGGAGGCCUACAAGCUGCUGGAGAAUGAUUUCCAAAGGUACAACGAACUCUUUGGAAGCUUGCUGUUCCCAAUGGCUAAUUGUAUUAGGUUCCAAAGCAAGUCUACGGCUCAGAAGGCCAACAUUAUUCGGCAGUCUCUCAUCCCCUUUCUCCGAAAAUUCGAAGAUAAAUCGACUGUCCACAUUGCACCAGAUGAACUUGACAGGAGGGUUAGAGUCUUGCACCGUUGGUGGACCGGCCUCAUGGCACAGCUUCGUAUUCGAAAUUCCCAAGCAAUCGCUGGUGCCGAUAGGCCUGUAUAUCUGGAAGGCAUCUCGGGCAUUUUUUCUCGACCCGAAUGGAGGUCUGCACCAUCGACAUUUGCUCCUGUAAAUCAACGACUUCCGGCUUCAGCAAAAUCUCGGUCUUCUUCCUCCCUCGCUUCUACCUCCUCAGCCUACUCCCUCCAGAAAUCAGUUCAACACAACAUCAAGGUUCUAUUCACGCGUACGCUGUACGAUACCCUUGGUUUCACGGUAGAGAAGAUGGGACUCCGAACAUCACCCCCUAGCAUGGUGGCAUUUGGUGGCAAGGUCCUAGCCUACGCAUUUUACUUUUGUCCUGGCGUUGCGGAUAUGUUGAUUAGUCUGUGGGAGAUUCAGCCAGCGACUGUGAGAAGGGUUCUCCCCGAAUUUGGAGUGGGGCGAGGCACAGAUUUACGGCAGGUUUCCGAGGCAAUUGUCAGCGAUUUUCCGGAAACCUUGCAAUCGCUUGGGUUUACCACAUUGGCUGCGACACUACGGAGUAUGAAGCAACCAGUGAAACCACCAGUUGGCAUCCAAGUGGACUGGCACGGCGCGUGGACUAGCCGAUGGAAUGGUCGUGACUCGGACUUGUUAUAUGUUUUCUUGAAAUACUACCACAUCUUGAUGUAUGACUACCUGCCAGCGGAUGUAUCGCCACUAGCCAGGUUCACCGUUCCUGGCUAUGUCAUGGUGCAGGCUCACAUGCUAUCACUGCUUGAUAACACUAUCCAUCGCCAACCUCCACUAAUGGGAGCUGAUAAUUUGGCAUCGACAACCUUUGAGGACAUGCUCGCUAAUGCCACAGCCGCUCUUCCCAUGACCGCUAGAAAUCCCGCACGAACCAUGGCAGAAAAUAAGAUGGUGAUACUUCUUCGGGAUGUUAUUUCUGAUAAGGUCAAUUACUCGGAGGAAUGUCGUAUCAUGUACAUUACUUCUUUCAUGGCCAUGAUCAGGGGAGCUGUUCGGAAGACACGUGUUUACGAUGCCGAUGCCUGUUUCACUUUAUGUGACUUGUUGGAGGAAAUACUGCCUCUAUUUUCACAAGCAGAGAAGCUUUACAGCACGACUUUUGUGGAUUGGCCGUUUUGGAUGGAUGUCUUGAAACAAAUGCUGGAGAGUGAGAAUAAUAUGACUGAACUGCGGUUGAUUUCGUUUGUCUAUACUGCCUGGGAUGUCAUCGUGGAGGAGGAGGGGCGAAAGCGGGCGAUAUGUCUGGGCUGGCUAUUAUCGGAGGCUGUUUGGGAAAAAUAUUUCUGCCAUUGGUGCCCGAUGGUUAGAGCAUAUUUCAUGAGGUUGGCCUGUUGGAGAUUGGGCAGAUGCGAUGGGAACCCUAAUCCGCUGGAUCUGGUCAUUCUAGAAACCUUGCUUAGGCGGUUACGGACUGCGUAUGCUCAUUAUCUGCGACUAAAGGACAAAGCAGAAGCGAACGGAACACCACUUCCGUCCACUGCUCCAUGCCUUCCUCAGCCUUGCAGGCGACUAUUCAUUAUCCGGAGCGAUGUCCUGACUACACCUCAAGGUGUUCUAUUGGACGGAGUAAUACCAACAGCUGCUCCGAUAUCCGACCCUGAGUCCUUGCCCAGGUUCAAUUCUUCCAUGUCAUUGACCAGCAUAUCUACAGCAACUAGCGAUGCUCAAUCAAUCCCAUCUGCUGACACCAUAGACACAACGCGCUCAACUGAUACGGGUGUUUCUUCAUUCAGCAGGAGGUGGGGUGCAAUUCGCAGUGUAAUAGGGUUCAAGUCUGCUGUCGGCGGUGAUACAUCCCCCCCAGACUCGCCUGAAUUGCCUGUGCCUCGGAAGCAGGCUAGCAGCAUUUCAUCAUCGAAAGGAAGCCCUAAGCACGAAUCAUCGCCCACACAGCAGCAACCAGCCCGGCAGCAGAAAAAGACUACGUUUAAAUUUGCAUUGGAGUGGGUGGAUAGGCCGCCAUUUGGAAAUAGAGAGAGAAGGCUGGGUCCGGCGCGAAUACCCAGUGCUGGGCAAAAGUAUGUCGAUGCGGAAUGCAACGUGCCCAUGAGUGUCGAUCUCUCUGAUUAUACCGGCAAUGCAAGCCAUUGGACCUAUGCGGGCCGUGCGCUUGCAGAAUGGGUGGUUGUGGUCGUAGAGUACGAUAAUUUCUUCGACAGAAGAAGGAACGAAGGGAAAGAGACGGAUAAAGAUAUUGAGACUCCAAGUUUGGUGGUCGAUUCGAUGUGGCGUUUUUUCAUUACCAUUCAUAUUUUUUUAUUUUUAUUUUUAUUGCACUAUCUUUCAUUAUUGGGCGCUUUGAUUAUCGCGGGGAUAGAUGGGGUCGAGAGGCAACAUAUAAUGUCACGGGCAGAAAUUCCCUUUCCAAAAUCUGGGGGAAGUCUUAAAAUGGGUUGGUUUGUUGAUUGCUCGUUUCUUUUCUUUUCCUUUUCUCUGAAAUACCAUUCUGCCUCUUUGGUCCGAUAAUUGAUUUUGUUCCUCGAUUUUGGUUCGCAUGCUCUGCAAAGCUUUUCUAAUCGGUUUGCAAGUACCGGCGUUUUUUUGUUUUACCUAUCAUCACUCCUUCCAUAUAAGAUUUUGUUCGCUUCCUACUUUUCUCUUUUCAAGCAGGGUGAUCUACUGGUUUUCUAAUUCAUGCUUUUUGGUGUUUUAUCUUGUUAACCGCCUUUUUUAUUCAUCUUUUUCUUCGUCUUUUCUGUUCCUCUUCGAAACGUUCUCCCAGUUUUACUUUUGGUUUUUUGGUAACUUUAGGCAAGGAGGGGAGGGGAAUAUUGUUUGGUGGGGUAUCAUAACAUUUUUACUGGGCACAGUAGCGGUACUCAAAAAAAGAAAAGAAUGGCAUCUCUUGUCCUUCUCAUAAUUCUAAUCCUGGAAGCGGGCGGGUAGGGGGCGGCAGACGGAAAAAUCAUCCGUGCGAGCGCGGGAAACCAUUUAUAAUUCAUCCCUUUUUCAAGCAGGGAACGGAUUCUGGGGGCAGGGAGGGGUCUAUGAAACGAAACACAAACUUCUCGCUUCCUUCCCUUUCUCUCUAUCUCUUCCUUCCCUCCUCUCAUCCAUUUUCCGUGAGUCCGGCUGGCCGAGAAAUGUGUGAGAAGUGUUGUGCCUUGUGUACAGUACUUGUAGUACCGUAGACCAGAGGAAAAUUCCCGCCCAAUUCCGCAUGCUCUGUUCCAUGCGGGCGCCUGCAGUAUUACGAUUUACUUGUAUAGAUAAGGAGAACUUGGUAACGACUAUAAACGACGAUUUAAGUAGGUCAUACUUUUACUAGCACAUGCGUUUUCCUAAGUACGAGCCUAUGGUAUGCAUGGUUAGGUUGUUCACUAUAUGGUUAAAAUACAGCGCUGUCCGAGCAUUCGUAUAGUGCAUUGCUUAUGCCAGGAUGAUAUAGUUACUGUACUCGAGCAGGGUACGCUAUGCAUUUGUGUGUAUGACAUGUAUCGGAUGAAUCCAGUCUCCCCGUUAGAGCGCCGUAAAAAACUCGAAUAGAGGAUACUCGAGUACUGUACGGUAGAUACGACGCUGUGGUUGCCUCUCCUAGUAAGGUGCUGUGCAUAUUCCUUUUUGUUUUUGGGGCGAACCCUUUCAGUGCCAUGCAUUUCUGCUCCGACCAUUGGCUGGGAAAUAUGCCAAUUCUCACUCAGAGGCAUCACGUUCUGGAUGCCUUUGUACGCCAGGAAGACAGGGAAUAUUGCAUAACUUCUUUCCGCGAUAAAAUUGGAAAGUUAUAUGUACGCUUAAAUUAAUUUGUGAAUUUUCCCUGAAUUUCCCGAAUUUUUCUGCACUGUCUGGGGGGAGGGGGAAUAGAAAGGCUCUUGAGCCCCUGCAAAGGUUUGGCUGUGCAUUGCU